AAUUUGUUUACUUAUUAUUUUUUUGUAUAAAUAUAUACUCAAAGAGACUUGGAUCUUUGCCACCAAACCAAAACCCCUCACACUCUCUUCUUCUCUCUGCUUUUUCGAAUCUGAGCCGUCACCAUGGCAAUGGCAACCACACCACACUCUCUUCUCCUCCAAAACCCAACUCACCAUCAGCUUCCCAAAAGCUCCAUCGCUAAACCCUUCAACGCUUUCCCUCUCACUUCCUCUAGAAUCACCCCCAAGCGCAGCAUCUCCAUUACUUGCGCCACCUCAACCCAAAUCCAAGAUCGCCCCCCGGCACCAGCUCACUCCCAGGAAAGACUCUUUAACUUCGCCGCCGGCCCGGCCAUCUUGCCGGAGAAUGUUCUCUUAAAGGCCCAGUCAGAGCUCUACAACUACCGUGGAUCUGGCAUGAGUGUCAUGGAAAUGAGCCACAGAGGAAAAGAAUUCCUUUCCAUUAUCCAAAAGGCCGAAUCCGAUCUCCGAGCCCUCCUCGAAAUCCCAGAUGAAUACGCCGUCCUCUUUCUCCAGGGCGGCGCCACCACUCAAUUCGCAGCCAUCCCUUUGAAUCUCUGUGCACCCAGUGACCCGGUUGAUUUUCUCGUUACUGGGUCGUGGGGUGACAAGGCCAUUAAGGAGGCCAAGAAGUACUGCAAGCCUAAUCUGAUCUGGUCCGGAAAAUCUGAAAAGUACACAAAGAUCCCAGCUUUCGAGGGUUUGGAACAAAACCCAGAUGCCAAGUACUUGCAUAUAUGCGCCAAUGAGACCAUUCAUGGUGUUGAGUUCAAGAGCUACCCAACUCCCCAAAACGCCACAGGCAUUUUAGUUGCAGACAUGUCUUCAAAUUUCUGUUCAAAGCCAGUCGAUGUGUCUAAGUUUGGUGUGAUCUAUGCUGGAGCACAGAAGAACGUUGGGCCAUCUGGAGUCACCAUUGUAAUCAUAAGAAAAGAUCUCAUUGGUAAUGCUCAAGAACAGACCCCUGUGAUGCUGGACUACAAGAUUCAUGCUGAGAACAACUCGCUCUACAACACUCCUCCUUGCUAUGGUAUCUACAUGUGUGGUUUGGUGUUUGAGGACUUGUUGGAACAGGGUGGUUUGAAGGAGGUGGAGAAGAAGAACCAGAAGAAGGCUGAGAUUCUUUACAAGGCCAUUGAUGAGAGCAAUGGGUUCUUCAGGUGUCCAGUGGAGAAGUCUGUGAGGUCACUGAUGAAUGUGCCAUUCACGCUGGAGAAGUCAGAGUUGGAAGCUGAGUUUGUUAAGGAGGCUGCUAAGGAGAAGAUGGUUCAGCUCAAAGGGCACAGGUCAUUGGGAGGUAUGCGUGCUUCCAUAUACAAUGCUAUGCCUUUGGCUGGGGUUGAAAAGUUGGUUGCUUUCAUGAAAGAUUUCCAGGCUAAGCAUGCUUGAUUUGAGUUGAAUUGAAGAACACCCUUUUUCAUAUUCUACUAGUACUAGAGUUUGAAGCAUUUGUUUCUUCAUCUUCUUCUUCUUCGGUUUGCUCCUUUUUCUUUGGGUGGCCAUGGUUUUUUUUUGUUGAGAGCAAUAAUAAUCAACAAAGCUUUAGUUCCUAAUUAUAUUUAGUAAGGGAUGAAUCAAUCUCUUUGCACUUCUGUUAGCUAGCUCAUUAAGGGAAAUCAUAUUCAAUUUGCAAACAAAGUGUACUCUUUUUGUAUUUGAAGGCAAUCAUAUUCUAUUAAAGUAUGAUUUCGUUAUUUUCGUA